AUGGAUCUAACCUUGCGACCUUCCGACUACCGGCUUUCUGAAUCUGUUUUGAACACCCUUGACAUCUCUGGUCAUCACCGAACUCUUUCUUCCAGUACUGAGCCUCCGCAGUCUCAAUACCUCAUUACUGGUCAGGGAGAAUAUGUUAAUAAUAUUCAUAAAGAGACCGGAAUAAAAGACUUUACCGAAGAAGCUCCCAGAAAGCGAGCUGCUAUAUCCUGCUGUUCGAAUUAUCUAGACUCCGAAAAUUCUCUAUCCUGGUGCAGCACAGUUUCUGUGGAUCAAGAUAUAGAACAUGCUGACAAGCUAUUUGAAUCUGGAGAAGACCCUAAUGAAAUAAAAAAUGUUUUAUGCGAAACAGAUAUUCCUCUCGACUUGCCUUUUGAAGAAGAUAUGCUUCCAAAGACUGACAUUUCUAAGUGGAGCCGUUCACUCAGUCCCGUAAAUAAUGAGUCGUGGCAACUUGUUGGAGAAGAUCUUUUGUUAUCUUCCUCAGAGAAUGUAAGUUGUUUAUCUUUCCAAUCAUGCUGGUUUUAUUUUCUCGUCGAUUUAUUUGACAAACUUUUAAAUAUACCAGCGAAGUCUCUUAUUGUCAUCUUAUCUCCUUUGGAUUAUUUACGUUAA